AUGUCCAAGCUGCCCAACAUCCCUGGCUUUUCGGGCCCUUCCGAGCCGAUCCACUACGAGCAUUGCGAUGUCAACAACAUCACCGAGCCCCUCAAGCAGUGGAAGGAGGCGCGGAAGCGAUACGACAAGCUGAUGGAUGACAAGUUCACAAUCGCGAUGCAGACGUACAAGCGACCUAAGGAGCUCGAAGAGACGAUGCGCGUCCUGCUGUCCGAAAAGAUCCCCUCGCUGCAUGAGAUCGUCAUCGUGUGGAACAACCUCGACGAGGCACCCCCCGGUAACUUCAAGUCCGAGACGGGCGUCCCCGUGCGCUACCGCGUGUCGGAGCGCAACAGCCUCAACAUGAAGCUUCUGCCGGAUCCGGACUUCAAGACCAGGGCCGUGCUGCUUUCGGACGACGACGUGUACUAUAAGCCGCAGGACCUCGAAUUUGCUUUCCAGUCCUGGCGCAAGUUUGGUCGGUUCCGCUUGACGGGCGCUCUCCCUCGCUGUGCCAAUGAGGACAAGGACGGUGUCUGGAAGUACGGCUUCUGCUCCAAGGAUAAGGGCCAGGACGUCUAUUCGAUGAUCAUAACGAACCUGUGCUUCGCCCACAUGUCCUUCCUCGACUUCUACUCGUCGGACAACGAGCUCAUGAAGCAGGUGCGCAAGUAUGUCGACGACCACUUCAACUGCGAGGAUAUUGCCCUCAACUAUGUCGCGUCGUACCUCACCGGCACCGGGCCUCUGCUGGUCAGCGGCCGCGAAAAGUACGUCAACUAUGAGCCGGCGCAGGGCAUUAGCAAGAAGCCCGGCCACCUCGAGGCGCGAAGCAAGUGCCUCAACGACCUGACCAAGAUGUUUGGGUGCAUGCCGCUGGUCAACGAGACGGCUCACAUCCAACGCGGCGUUAUCGUCUUAUAA